AUGAAAAAUAGAAAUCUUAGCGGAUGUAGGCCUAUUUUGACUGGUUAUAAUGAGAAUGCAGGAUUAUCUGCAUAUAAUAAUAAAAUAUACAAGAAUAACAAUAAAAGAAGUUUAACAAAUGAAAUAUUAAACAAAGAGCAAAUUGUUACCACUGAGAAUGCCUCCAUUGGAGAGUUGUUUUCUAAUGAUACUCUUAUUAGUUUAAGAGAAGACGAACAGAUGAAUACUGAUCUUGUAAGAGAGUACAUGGACAUACACGAUUCACAUAAUGAAGGUAACUUGAUUAUUAUCAAUGAUGAAAGAUCUACUGAGGAUUUAAAAGAGGUAGACCAGGUAGAUGUAAAUGACUACAGAGUCAUACAAAAUUCACACGAUGAAGAUAACUUUAUUAUUAAUGGUGAAAGGUCUUACGAAGUUUUUCAAGAGCUAGACAACCUAGAUAUUAAUAUUAAUGAUGUUCAUAAUGAAAACAAUCUAAACGAAAGUAUCAAACGCACUCUACCAGCAGCAGGCCAGACAAAGUUAACACCGUCAACUUCUAAGAGGGUUCCUCAAGUAACCUUCUCUGGAAUUGAGGUAGAAGUAGACGAGAGGAGCUUUUAUGGUGGCAAGGCUAGGUUUUUGUGUGAAGUCACCGUUUUCGAUUUGUAUAAAAGGCAGAAAGAAAUUGAAGUGGAAGAAGACAGGCCGAGACCAAGGCCUUCGUCUGUGCUAGGAAAUAGAGAUACAUCUGCGGUAAAUAUGGAUAUGGAAAAUUUGUUGACAGAAAUACCAACUUAUUCUUUAUACGGAAAAAAUAAGUAUAGAUUGCCGCCAGUAGAUCCUACCAUAUCUGAUGGGUCUGAUAUUUCUGAUGACGAAGAGCCGGUUUUGAAAUCUAUACAGAAACCGGUAUCACUUCAGUUGUCAGAUGAGAGUGAUUCUGAUCGUAGCAUAUUAGAAUACGAAAAACACAUUCAAUAA